GAAACUUCAAUUCACCUGCUGACCAGACAACAAGUGGAUCAGUAUUACAUGAAUCAUUCGAUUAGGCUACUUCUGAUCAACACUGUGUACAGAGCAACAGUCUUGAAAGUAUGCCGAAAUCCUCCAACUGUCGUUUUUUCCUUCAUCCACAAAGGUUUCUCUUUUGUAUGAUCUUGCCUGUGGUAAUAGCUUUUGCUGAAACUAAUGUUUGUGAGAAGCAUCCUCAACAACAAGUCUGUGAUGAUGAUGUUGUCAUCAAAGCCAAGAUUUUAUCCAGGGAAAUUGAUGAGGACUUUUUGUUGAAUACUUGUCGUGCGUAUUAUUCGGUCGACAUCAUAAGCAUCUUCAAAGGCAUCCAUGUAACUCAAGGGCGUCAAUUCUUUCGUAGAGCCAGGGAGGGAUGUGAUGAAAACGAUGGCCUUGACAUUGGUAACGAGUACCUUAUUACAGCACUUGAAGUGGAGGAUGGCCUGCUCAUUGAAGCUUGUCAGUGGGUUAAAAGAUGGGAGUCCUUGACAAGGAUUCAGCAGCAGUAUCUCACCAAUCAUGUUUAUGUUGACAACUGUGGCCACUGCCAGAUUUCCAGGGACCUCGUCAGAUCAAACUUUGAUCAGCAGGUAUUGUCAGCACUUGGCACUACAUGCUUCUUUCAAGGUGAAACUGAGACAAAAUCCAAGAAUGAGAGCUGCAUCAGAUACAGUACAAGACGUCCGAGUUGUGCUUGGGCUAAAAUAAAUUUGUAAGUUCACACCAGAAAUACAGACUCGAUUUGAGAUGUUCAUCAACUAGCAGUACAAUAAAUGUUCAGAUUUAACACAUUAUAUUUGAAGCACAAAAAUGUUACAAUGUCAAUACAGUGGCCCCUUAAAUCACUGAUACAAUGCUGCAUUAAUCUUCUGCUUCUCUUAAUAAUAGAAUAAAAAUAAUAUUAAUUAAAUAAUAAUAAUCAAUAAAAUUAACAGAAUAAAAUAAUAGUUCAUUCUAGCCUAUUUUUUAUUUGUGUUUGCUUUCCCAACGAGCCUUUAAAUGAUUAAGCCUGAACUAUUCAUCUUCAAGAAACUUCCAUUUGUUAGCAAUGUAUGCAAUACCACAACAUUUGUUCUUAUCCAUUUAAAGGAAUUAAUACGCAUGAAAUGCUAGUUUUCUGGAAGGAUCAAGAGUAACAGCAAAUUAAAAUGUUAAAGAUGAAAUAUGUAAACUACAAAUUUGAUUGUAAUUUACAAUAUGCCCAGUAUUUUUGACAAUUUUAGAUAAAUUCUUUGAUGUUAAUGUCCUUUAGUUGCAGUUCUCACAAUAUGUCUUAGCCAUAUCAUAAUAUUUGGAAUGGACUGAAACUGUUAAGUGUUACAGUGGCUUCAGCAUCUAGCACAAUGUAAUUUAAUUGAAUUGCUAAUGUUCUAAUGUUGUUUGUUAUUGUUUGUUAGUGUUAUGUUCAUAUUAAAUGAAAGUAUAUAAAUGUCAAACAUGCUUUCAACAAAUAUGAAGACAAGACUACUUGUGAUAUGACAGCAACAAAAACAAAUUAUUCAUAAUAUCACAAAUUUCAUAAAUUAAAACAUGGUUGAGAGCAGUUUGAAAAUGGGUUUCAACACUGCAUUUACUAGUGUGUUUGGCCUGGCCAGCCAGCCCCUGUGGGAUGAUUUCUCUGGAUAAGAAAUUUAAUUUGUCCUCAUAAUGAAUUUGACUGUGUAGUAACUAUCAUUCAAUACAUCUACAGUCUCCACUGCCAAUACAUGUGUGCUGUUGUUUUGUGUCUUCCUCGUUUGAGUGUCUUUAAUCACGCAACGUUCCCUCAUUUUGCGCAAAAGCAGUCUCUUCAUCUUGUUUUUUUUAAUUCACAGAAUCAAAAUGCUUUUGACCACAGAUAGACACAGCAACUAGAAGCAAUUUAAUUAAAAUUGAAGACAAAAUGGAAGGUGAAAUGGAUGAAAUCUUAGAAAAGAUAGUCUGUCCUUCUUUUGUGGCCUCACUGAAUGUUACAAUGGUCAUGAUGUACAACAGAAAAUGAUACUAAAAUGGACAUAGCACAAGGAAGCAGGGUCAAAUUGUUCAUGCAUUUUGAUGACUGUUUCUCUCUUGAUCGUCAACAUUAAUUGCAUCACAGAACUGAGGACUCCAUUAAAAAGUUGGUAAAUACCACCAUACAAUCAAGGGGAUUCAACUUUUUGGUGCACCAUUUGUAUAGGGUCAAAACUUCUCUCUGUCUUUUCAUGAACCAAUCAAGUCAGGUUUGAUCCAAGGGCAAGUCUAAUUGCCCCUUUAACCCCACCACAAAUUCCUCCCCACUGGUUCAGAUAUUGCUAUCCCAUGAAGUCAAACCUCUAUCAUCAACUGUCUGGUUUAAAUGCCUCCCUUGACCUACAGAGUGUAGUUGCUGCGUACUACACUCCACUAGCAAGUUGCCAGUGUAAUGAGGAAAUUUACCCAGCCUGAGGCAGACUAAGGUUGGUCCGCCAAGACAUUCCUUGUAGACUUCCAGUGAAUAAGGAACAAAGAUGGAGGUUCUUCUCAAGAUAAAUGUGAUACUGUUGACAGGAGUGCUGCUGCCUGUACUGGGUCAGUCGAACCCACAGAAUUUGGCAGCCCAGUGCAGUUGCCCCAUCAAACACCCACAAGAGAAAAUCUGCCGUGCUGAUAUUGUCAUACAGGGACGGGUUAUCAAAGUUGAAUCCCCUGGAAUAGGCAAACCUGGCAUGGGAGGCCUUCUUGAGUACACAAUCAAGGCAACCAAGGUCUUCAAAGGUUCUGACUCGGUAGUCACCAAAGGGCAGAGGAUCAAGAUGAUUACAUCAAGUUCGUCACAAAAAUGUGGAGUGACAGAGAUGGCCAUCGGGGAACUUUACAUUCUGACAGGCCUGGAGCUCGAAGGAGAAGUUUUCUUCAGUCUGUGUGAAUGGGUUCAGCGAUUUCAAGACCUGACACCCGACCAGCGUCUGGGACUCCGGUCCGAAUACAAUGUUGGAUGUGGAUUUUGCCUGAUUGAUCAGCGAGAUAACAGUGUUCCUGGUAUCCAUGACAACCCAUCAACAACUGGCAACAUAUGUUACCACGAUCCCCUUGGCUCAGCACACCUCAUGAUUGAAGACUGUGAGAGUCUGUUUUCAAAGUGUGUACCCCAUGAGAUAGGAGACAACAGGUGUGUUUGGACAGAGAGCAAACGCUACAACAAAUGUGUGGCCAAACGGCUGAAGAAACACACAGCCUUGCAAGCCAAAAGCCAAAGCAAAUUGGCCGGGUACUAAGGUGGCUAACUUCAGGUCAAAGGUCAAAGGUCAAUUUUUUAUGGCUUAAAAAUCAUAGUACAAAAAUGUGAGGCUACUGUAAAGAUGACAAGUAUAAUUUGAUGAAAAAAAUGUGAUCAAUUAAUCACAUUUCAAGAAAAAGUUAACUUCUGAAAAAUAAACAUGAAACAGUUUAAAAUAAAUACCCAAAUUAACCAUCAAAAAUGGAAAAAAAAAGAAAGAGAUAGUUCAAAUGUUAACAGCACUAUAAUGUUAUUGUAGUCAUUCUAUUUUACUAUUUCUGUAAAUAGGAUUUAUAUAUAAAUGUAAUAAGUUCAAAACAUUUUGAGUGCUAGUUCAUAAUCUUUUUUUUUCUUUGCACUGACUGGUGUUUCUUCUUAAAAAACCUUUGUGAGAUGUCUUUAUGACAACUGACCCAAUGAAAUGUGAAAAGCACAAACAGCCUCUGUGAAACCAAGGUGGGGGGGACUAGGGCCAGCCCCCUCCCCAAAGAGCCAAACAUUUCUUUAUAUCAAAAAGGCCAUUUGGGGUUUAUUUCCCUUCAUUCCAAAAGCACAUGAAAAGCCCCAACAAAUAGCCUGACCUCUCAAAAAGUCCAUAAAAGGUUACCUGAAAAAUCUGACUUAUUUGGCUCUAAAAAUAAAUAAUUGGUUUUUGGAUCCACCCUUGAAAGGAACUGAAUAAAUGAAAGAAGGCAGAAUAUUAGAAGUAAAACUUGCACGUAUGUUCUCACUUUUGCAUGAUACUUGAAUAAAU